AUGUGGACACGAGGGGACUAUUUCGCUCAUAAAAACAAAAGAAUCGUCGAGCAAACAAGCUUUGAAGGGGAGAAAAAAUCCUCCAUCUUUGAAGGCGUUUGCGCAUAUAUUGAUGGAAGUACAGAAACCUCAUAUCUGGUGCUGCGUCAAAUGAUAUGUAACCAUGGAGGGAGCUUUGUACCUGCUAUGUACGGAGCAAAGAUCACCCAUUACAUUGCCGAAAACCCAGUCGCUGAAAAACCUAUACAUUGUAAAACCGGAAUGGAUAACCGAAAGUGUCUCUUCGGGGAAGAGAUUAAACGAAUCAUCAUUUAG